AUGGAUUUGGAAAGCAUUUGGGAUCACUUGCCUGAAAUCUGUCUGCAGAACAUAUUUCUUUACCUUGGAGACCAGGACAGAUGUAACACCGCUUUGGUUUGCAAAAAAUGGAAUCAAGUAAUGAACUCGGCCAGACUUUGGAAGUCGCGAACUAUAAUCUUUCGAGGGAAAUCAAUUACAUCCUGUGAGACAGAAUACAGCUCUGCAGAGUGGUAUAUCUUGAGGUUUGGUAGAUAUCUUGAGAAUUUGGAAAUCAGGUUUCUCAAUUCUUACAAUACUUUCUUCACACGGAAGUUCCAAAUUGUCAUGACAAGUAUAUUAUCAACCUUGGGUAAAAGCAAUCGGCGUUUGAAAAGCCUUUCAAUUCCAUACCUGGAUUUGGAAAGGCUAAUUUGGAAGAGCCAAACAAGAGAUGCUUUUGUCAGGGUUUUGUGCACAUUUCUUAAAAAGAUAGGAAGACACUUGGAAUAUCUUAACCUGAGAGGAGCAAAAAUGUCAUGUGAACAUGGCCAUGAAGUCCUUCAUUCUUUGAGCUAUUCCAGGAAGGUGAUGAAUAUGACUGAAUUGGACAUUGAAGACUUCUUCUCGGCCCACAUCCAUGUGUUUCUUCAUAACACCUUCAGCCACAUUAUGUCUUCUUUUCAGAAUCUCAGGAUUAUCUCCUUGAAUUACAACUGUGUUUCAGAUGACUUGCUGCAGGUGCUAUGCACAAACAGUAACCAUUGCCUUUUCACAAUUAACAUCAAGUGUCAUAUGUAUAACCCGCAUCAGCAGAUUGUCUGGGGGAUGUACUGGGCAAAACUCGCAAAGAAAGCCAGGAAUCUAUCUGUUAAUUUCUACAUUUAUAGAGUGCUGCACUACAGUCACUUGUCAAGAAUAUUACUAUCUGAGAUUCCUAUCAGACACCUCAGCAUCAGAAGUAGUUAUUCAAGUGACCCUGAUUGGUACAUUUGUCCAACACUGGUAGAACUAUUGCCAAACUAUAGACAAACACUUAAGAAACUGACUCUGGAGUUCAAUAACAGCCAUGAAAAUGUGGAUGAAGAGCUGCUAAACCUGGUCCUUGUAUGCGAUCGUCUUCAUUAUAUAAAGGUCUGGGCCUUUCUCGAUGUCAAAUUUGUGGAAGCACUGUUGCAUACCUGUGAGCAAGGCAAGAUCUUCCUUAGAACUAUGAAGGUCCGAAUUUACACAAACAAUUAUGACACCAGUGAGGAAGAUCAGAGUCUUCAUCAAAUCUUUGAGAAACACAGGGACUACAUUUUAAGGAAAAUGGAUUAUUACCACGUGGUUACAUGUCCCAUAUUGUAA